ACCAUCUGCAGCCAAAGUCAGGUGACCAAUAAGCAGAAAAUCACAAAGGAAGGCGAACAAACAACCGACCCAAAAACAGUAGAACUCGUGUACAUAAAUAAAACGGACACCGCAACAUGCCCCCGGAACCGAAGGAAACAAGCCCGCGCCAGGAGAAGACGGACGAUGACCAACAGGCGGAAUCGACCGAUGAAAACGAAACACCCGCGAACGGAGAGGAAGAGAUCGAUCUGGAGGAUGCAAGCGAAGAAAUUUUGGAGCUAAACAAUCGGUUGGAUUCGCUCAGCACGGUGCUGGACAGUAUCGAGCAGCAGAAUGAUGAUCUGCGGGCACAGAUUCUACUCCUGCUGGAUUCGCAACGUGAAACGCUAAAAUCGUUCAAGGAGGAAAAUAGCCGCAUGGUUGCAAAAGGUGCGGAACCAUCGGACAGUGAUGAACCGAUGCAGCAGAGUUAAAGGUUUCCCGUACCGCGCACGUGGUGCGGGAGACGAGUGGGAUAGCGGUUUUUGUUGGGGUAAUCAUUCCUGUACUGUUUUUUUGUUUAUUUUUACUAUCAUUUAACUAUGCAUUGGUCUGAUAAGACAGAAAAUAAAUGUAGAAAGUUAUUAAAGACAGUG